AUGACUAGCACGAGCAACACAUCAGAGCCCGGGAGGCCCUUCCAGAACACGUCCGGAGACGGACAGAAAGCCGGUCAGGCUCAGAUCGUCAUUCAGCCGCAGCAAGUGCUGCAGAGCGUCUCGGCCGGCGGUCAGGUGUUCGCCACACAGAGCCUGUCUCAGGACGGAGUGCAGAACGUUCAGAUCCAGACCAUCGCCAACGGCAGCCCCAUCUUGAUCCGCACCGUUGGGCCCAACGGCCAGGUCAGCUGGCAGACGCUUCAGCUGCAGAGCCCCGCUAACACCCAGAUCACGCUAGCGCAGCCCGGGACGCUCUCGGGCCUGCAGACCAUCAACCUGAACACGCUGGGAAACACAGGGCUGCAGAUGCACCAGCUGCAGGGAGUUCCCAUCGCCAUCGCCAACACAGCCGGAGAUGUGAGCGGAGCUGCAGGAGACGGUCUGGAGGACAGCGGUGCGCUGGAGGAGAAUGUGGAGAGCAGCCCGACGGCCUCCAGCAGACGCACACGCAGAGAAGCCUGCACCUGCCCCUUCUGCAAAGACGGAGAGGGACGCAGUGACCCCAGUAAGAAGAAGCAGCACAUCUGUCAUAUUCCCGGCUGUGGGAAGGUGUAUGGGAAGACGUCUCACCUGCGGGCACACCUGCGCUGGCACACGGGAGAGAGACCCUUCGUGUGCUCCUGGUCCUUCUGCGGGAAACGCUUCACUCGCUCCGAUGAGCUGCAGCGGCACAAGAGAACACACACAGGUGAGCUUCACACGCUUGCAGAGCUCACAGACACUUAA